UCGAAAUCAGUUCCUUUUAUAGAUGUAGGCAGAGCUUGUUUAACGCUCCCACAGUUGAGUCGAGCUCAACCUGCGAGUCAAACGCAACACUUCUGAUUGGCCAAUCCGGAAAAUGUAGACACACUUCACAAUGAUCCGCUGAGCAGGGUGUUCUUCAGCGUUUCCCUAUAGGCCUAUUUACUUUUCACUCAAUUAACUGGAAAUUAAGGUCUCUGACAGGUCGGGAUGGGGAAUCUGAUCAAGGUUCUCACACGAGAUAUUGACAACAACGCAGGGAACUUUUUCCUGGACUUUGAAAAUGCCAAGCCCACAGAAGCUGAGAAGAGAGUAUGGGAGAAGGUCAGUGAGGUGCUGACAGAGGCUGUGAGUGUAUUACAGGACCUGCAGUCAUAUAGCGGAGCAGGUGAAACCAUCAGGCAGGCCAUACAGCAUCCCAAUGAUGAGCGUGUGCAAGAGAGCGCGUGGGCCGCUGUGGUCCCGCUGGUUGGCAAACUAAAGAAGUUUUAUGAGUUCUCACUAAAACUGGAAGACGCUCUGCAGGGCCUGUUGGAGUUUCUCACCAGCUCGCGCUGCAGCCCAACUCAGCAUCUGGAGCAGGAGCAAGCGCUGGCACAGCAGUUCGCUGAGAUUUUGCAUUUCACGCUGCGCUUCGAUGAGCUGAAGGUAACCUGGCAACCUCAGAUGAAAGGAUGCAUUAAGGUUCUGCGGUAUCAGCCGCCCAACAGUGUGGAGGGGCUUCUCAAUGCCCUCAGGUACACAACUAAACAUUUGAACGAUGAGACUACCUCCAAGCAAAUCAAAAACAUGUUACAAGCUUGACUGUGUCUGCCAAAAGUAUUACCUCUCGAAUACAUUGGACGAGAUGCUUCAGCAGUUUUAGUAAUACAAUGAGAAUAGCCAUGUAUCAUGUGGCAGCUACUGUUAUCAGUCUGUUUUUAUUGUUGUAGUUUUGUUAUUUACAUCUUAUCCUGUUAGACUUAGUCAUGUGUGGACUUUAGAUUUCAAAGACGCUUCUUUGCUGUGUGGCGUCCAACAAAGAUGAGCUUCGUUCAUUCCCUUCCCCUGUUUUCUACAGUUGACUGAGUACCUGAGUUUUUGAGGACCACAAAAAUUUUAUUGCUUUUUAAAAUUACAUAAUUUACUGUGAUUUUUAUUAACAUGACUCUUUUGAACUGAAUAAAGCUAUUUUAACCAAAAGGACUGAAUGGCUGACAGCUCUUACAGUAAGGGCUUCUUCGAAACCGGCCACUGAAAUCACCAUGUACUCUCACCACUUUACUAUGUACAAAAUAAUUAGUUCUAAACCCACAUCCUUUUACCUAACAGAGUUCAGGAUUAUUCAUAUCCCGUGACAGUGUCUGCUCCAGCAAGUCAUAAUGUCCAUUCAUGGCUGUAUUCCCAUUCUUUUGCUUUUUGGAGCCAGAAAUAAACAAACAUGUG